GAGUGGUUCUGUCCGCCGAUUCCCACUUAUCAGUUAACAUUGAAAGCAUGACACACCUGUACUCGCUUCACUGCUACUGACGUGAAUACAAAUUGACACUGUUUUGAAUCCGAGGAAGAACUUGGCUGCCCGCAUAUUCCACGCGAUCGUUCUGGAUAAUAGAGCAACUGAAUAAUCGCAGAGAGAGAGAAACAAAAAUAAGGUCCAGGUCACUUAAGAUCGGGUCACCCUGAAUGUGGUUACACGCCGAGAAAGUCGGAUAAAUCUACUGGAGGCAAUACCUACAAAUUCUGACCAUGUUUGGCUGGCCAGCAAAGUUGAUGUUCAGAGCAAGUUGGGGGAAGCACAGAUGUGCUCACUUAGUCUACGCAACACUGACCCUCUCUCUCUUUGCUAUCCUCUGGAACAUGUUCCUUGGGCAUUUCCUUCGACAGCAGAAGUUCUAUGAAUACUUCACAAUACCACUAUUUAAAAAUGACAAUGCUACCGAGUCUGACUAUUUAUUUAAAAAUGACAGCAUUAACCCGUCUGACUAUAUGUUGAAAAAUGACAGCCCUACUGAGUCUGCCACUUUAGUUACCAGCACUUGCUCACCCUGGCAUACACUCAGCACCGAUCCCACCCUCUCAGGUUUCAUUCGGAAUGGCAAUUUGUUUUUAACACUUGAAGGUGACUGGUGGCACCAAGCAAAUUAUUUGACCAAGACGUUGCCAUACGGGAUAAAAGGCAGUGAGCAGAUUAUCAGACAGAUACUGAUCAAAACAAAGUCCCACAUGCCAGCUGAGAUUGACAGCUUGCAGUGUAAACGGUGUGUUGUCGUCGGCAACGGGAACUCCCUGAGGAAUAGUCUCCUUGGAGCAGUCAUCAACAAAUACAACGUCGUUAUUCGAUUGAACAAUGCUCCAGUGAGAGGCUAUGAAGAAGAUGUGGGCAACAAGACUACCCUGAGGAUCUUUUACCCUGAAUCGGCAAUCAAAGACCUGGCUAUUGAAAACAAUCCCGACACACUCUUUGUGUUGAUCCCUUUCAAAGCAGUUGAUGUCAACUGGCUGAAGGCAAUUUUAUAUAAUGAAUCAAAUAUAGUGGAUGGAUUCUGGAGAAAGCCAGCCUCGAUAAACACCUUGGAUCCUUCCAAGGUUCGGAUGCUCAGCCCCCUUUACCUACAACAAGCAGUGGAAACAUUAUUGCACCAACCACAUUCCUUCUACAAGGCAAAAUCUCUGUGGCCGACAACAGGUUUCCUUGCCAUUACCAUGGCUCUGAACUAUUGUGACGAGGUCGAUGUUGCUGGCUUCGGUUAUCCACUGAACCAAAAGAACGGUCUGAUCCAUUAUUAUGAUCAGCUGAAAAUGGCCAUGGUGGAUACAUCUGUGCACAAUGUUACCCAAGAACACGUUUACUUGAAGAAGCUGCAGAGCACUGGGAUCAUCAGAUAUCUCACAUAACCUCAUGGAGGAUUUGUACAUUUCUGGCAAUGUUGGGUUCGAACAAACAUGCCAUCAACUUGGACUUGACUUGAAUUUGAUGCUGCCUCAUCAACACUCUGAGAUUGACACCUCUGUAUACAACUCUCUCGUACGCCCUGGUCAGCCCACCUUGGUUCGUCUUUGGCAGCGGGGUGGACCAUACCCAAUGCCACCCUUUCCUGCUCCAAAUAGGGCAUUGUAAAGGAGUGGUAGUGGGAAGAGAGUUGGUGCCAACGGUAAUUGUCCCCCUGGGAGCUCUGGUGAUGGUGAUGGUCUGGUGAUGGUGUUCUGACAAUCGUGCUUUGGGGCAAACCCAGGCAAUGCCCACGUAAAUAUGCUGCUUUUAAUAGGAUUCAUUGCACUUACACGGUGGAAUCCCAAUGGUGACUGAACAUAUUUCCAAGGCACGUUAUAGGUAAUGGAUUAAGAGAGGUGAAGGGACUGGAAAAUGGGUAGAGGGUAAAUAUCAGCGAGGGAAAAAAUUUAUCUGGGUUUUUAGGUUCAUAAAUUCAUAAAUGAUAGGAGCAAAAUUAAGCCAUUCAGCUUCUCUGCCAUGGCUGUUCUAUCUCUCCCUCCUAACCUGAUUAUCCUACCUUCUCCCCAUAACCCCUGCUUUGGAAUUCCCCUUCAUCCUAUUUAUCAAGGACAUAUCCUGGCCCCUUUCAGCUCUCUCAAUUCCCUGUUUAAGUUCUUCCUAUUUUCUCACCCUACUUUUACCCGCCCUCCCCUGACACUCGCACUAAUCAAGAAUCUAUCUGCCUAUGUUGACUUGGCCUCCACAGCCUUCUGUGGCAAUUAAUUCCACAGAUUCACCACCUGUUGACUAAAUAAAUAUAUCCUCAUCUCCUUCCUAAAGGAACAUCCUUUCAUUCUGAGGCUACGAUCUCUGAUCCUGGCCUCUUCCAUCCUCUCCACAUUCACUCUACCAGGCAAGGUUCUGAACCACUCAUGGAGAUGUGCUGGGUUUUCGUGUGUCAAUAAUGUUAGCGUGGCUGGGAUUUUUUUUCAGGGAUCAGACACACUUCACUUGGGCAACUUACAGCCCAGCGGUAUCAUUUUUAUUUCACUACCCCUUGCACCCGCUCUCUCUCUGUCCCUCCCCACACAAGUCACCAUCCUACUAGUUUUGCUGUUGUCCAGUUGAGUUUCACUGUCUGUAUAGCUCGUUAUCACCUAGCCCACAGCCAACAAUGGACCAUUGUGGGCUCCACUCCUUGAUCAUCAUCAUUUUUUGCAUAUCUUCCAUUCAUUUGUUCUCUACCUCUCUUGUUUCCCUUCCCCCUGACUCUCGGUCUGAAGAAGGGUCUCGGCUCGAAAUGUUACCUUUUCCUUUUCUCCAGGGUUGCUGCCUGACCCGCUGAGUUACUCCAGCAUUGUGUGUCUACAGAAUAAACCAGUAUCUGCAGUUCCUUCCUGCACCUCUGUUGCUGCAGCCACCAGGUUUCUAUGUAGAAAACACCUUGAAACCACCCAGCCCCACCAACAACUUGAAUACGUCUGGUCAGCACCGUGGCUCCGCGGUAGAGUUGCUGUCUUAAGGGCCUGUUCCACUUACGUGACCUAUACAGGCGACUGCCGGCAUCCAUCAUAGGUUGCCGAAAUGUUCAACUUUGAGAAUUCAGCAGCGACCAGAAAGACGCUACGACUCUUAUACGACCUCUCACGACCAUAGACCUCUCACGACCAUGCAACCUGUAUGGUCAUGAGAGGUCUCCUAUGGUUGUGAGAGGUCUCCUAUGGUCUUGAGAGGUCUACAAAGAGUCGUAGCGUCUUUCUGGUCGCCGCUGAAUUUUCAACAUGUUGAAAAUUUCGACAACCUAUGACGGGUGCCGGCAGUCGCCUGUAAAGGUCGCGUAAGUGGGACAGGCCCUUUACAGUGCCAGAGACCUGGGUUCGAUCCUGACUGUUCGAUCCUGACUACGGGUGCUGUCUGUACGGAGUUUGUAUACUCUCUCCAUGACCUGCGUGGGUUUUCUAAGAGAUCUUCUCUUUCCUCUCACACUCCAAAGACGUGCAGGUUUGUAGGUUAAUUGGCUUAGUAUAAAUGUAAAUUGUCCCUAGGGUAGUGCUAGCGUACAGGGUGCCCGCUGGUCGGUGCAGUCUCGGAGGGCUGAAGGGCCUGUUUUCGCAUUGUAUCCCUAAGUUAAAAAACUAUACAUCCAGCAGAUGAAAUCUGUCGCUGUACCUCCUGUGAAGAUUAUUUUUUAACACCAAGUGGUUCGGUGAUUGUUCACAUUGCGUGUAGUUUAAUUAUUUUGUUGAUACCUCAAUUGUUUGUUGGCUACCUUCUGUAACAAAUGACAAGGUAUUAAGAAUGUACAAAUAGACAGUCUUUGCACAAGGGCCAGUUUCAUCUAUUGACCAUUUAAACCCAAAAUAAGCAAAGCUAUUGUAGACAAAAAUGCUGGAGAAACUCAGCGGGUGAGGCAGCAUCUAUGCAGUAAAGGCAACGUUUGAACCAAAACGUAGUCUAUUUCCUUCGCUCCAUAGAUGCUGCCUCACUCGCUGAGUUUCUCCAGCAUUUUUGUCUACCUUCAAUUUUCCAGCAUUCCUUCAUAAACAUAAGCAAACCAAUGAACGGUUUGGGUUUAAAUGUAGAUUCUCCACUCAACUGAGGAUAGAGAGAUCUAAAGAGAUCUGAGCUCCUCGGACAUUGAAUUAUGAAAGGCACAGACAAGAUAGACAGUCAGAGCCUUUUUUCAUGGGAAUGAUGCCUGGGUUAAGGGCUGUUAGCUACAGGGGGAGGUUGGACAGACUUGCAUUGCUUGGUCUGGAACGCUGGAGUUUGUGGGGAUACGAUACAAAUAUAUAAAAAUGAUGAAAGGCACAGACAGGGUGGCCAGUCAGAAUCUUUCUCCCACGUUUGAAAAAUCGAAUGCUUGAGGGCGUAGCUUUAAGGUGAGAAGGGCAAAGUUUGAAGGAGAUGGUGAAUGCCUGGAACGCGAUGCCAGAGGCCUUGGUCGAGGCAGAUGCGAUAGUGGCGUUUGAGAGACUCUUGGAUAGGUGCACGGAAGCGCAGGGAAUGGAGGGAUAUGGAUUAUGUACAGCCAGAGAAGGUUUGGUCUUGGCAUUAUGUCUGGCACAGACAUUGUGGGCCAAAGGGCCUGUUCCUGUGCUGUACUGUUGAAUUCAACAACAAUAAAGCGCAGUUGCUAGUCUAUACCAUAGACACAAAAUGCUGCAGUAACUCAGCGGGUCAGGCAGCAUCUCUGGAGAACAUGGAUAAGAGAUGUUGUGGGUCGGGGCCCUUCUAUGUGCAGUUGUUGGGGUGAGGCCAACCUCUUCUAUGGUGAGGUUAAUUAGAUGUCAAGGUGGCAUCUAAGGAUCCUUUCCAGGUGAACGCCAACUAAACCCAUACCACUUUUGUGCUGCUAUUUACUGGCCAGGCUAAAGUGUCCCCAACCAUCCCCUCCGCUGUGGUUCAUUGUGAGGAUGGUGAGUGGGGAGCAGUGUUCUCUGAGGCCGCCGUGUUAAUGGCUGGAUUCACAGGGAAUGAAGCCCCUUUAUUUACAAAAGCCAAAUGCCCAUUGGCCGCACUCCUGAGCUCUGGCAAGGCCUGCCACAGUGUGCCAUUUGCACUACCUCAUUGGACUUAAGUAGUAAAUUAGAAAUUCUGAAGAUUAAUAUAUUAAGAUGUUUUAUUUUUGAGAAGAGUCAGAUGGAGCAACGCUUUCCCUCCUGGCACCAGUGUGCCGCGGGCAUGGUGGUGCAGCGGUAGAGUUGCUGCCUUACAGCGCCAGAGACCUGAGUACGAUCCCGACUACGGGUGCUGUCUUUACGGAGUUUGUACAUUCUCCUCGUGACCUGCGUGGGUUUUUCUCUGAGAUCUUCGGUUUACUUCCACACUCCAAAGAGUUUGUCGGUUUGAAUGUUUGUAGGUUAAUUGGCUUGGUAUAAAUGUAAAUUGUCCCUAGUGUAUGUGAAGUGGUGUUUUAGCACGCGGGGAUCACUGGACAGUCUGGACUCGGUGAGCCGAAGGGCCUGUUUCCGCGCUGUAUCUCAAAGCUAAACUAAACUGGGGCAAGGAAGGGGUUGGAAUUUGAAAGGGACUUGGCUGGUUCCUCAGCCUGAGUGACCUUUCCCCCCUCCCCACCGACCUCAGCAUCCUUCCCCUUUUGUCUCCUUCAUUCUGCACUCUAACAAUGACCCCCUGUCCUGAGCUGUUUAUGUCCGAACUCUUUCUUGUACCUCCUAUGUUUUUUUUAACAAAGACAUGAAGCAACUCGGGAAAUUUGGUUCUGUCAAAUGUAAACAUUUUAUUGUGUACUUUUUGUUCUAUUGGUUGAGGCUAGGAUAUUUGACAAUGAUAUGAAUGUAUUACUUGCAAUACUUGGAAUUAAAAGGUUACUUGUUCCUCAGCCUCUCACUGUUGGUAC